GCGCCCCCUGGCGGCGGAACUCAUUAACGACGCAGUUCCGUCGCGAUUACGCAGUUUCCGGUUGUGCAGCAGCCAUUUUGUCUGUGCGGGCAAAUCUACCGACGGACGAACUGCAGUUCCACCUGAGAAACUGUUUCCAACAUGUUGCUGUCCGCGGCUCGUUUACCUUCAGCUUCCGUUUGAACGCCGUUUAAAAUAAAAUAAAACCGGCUGCUCCGGAAGCCGCAGAGCCGCGAGGGGGCAGCAGCGCGAGACAUGUCGUGUGCAGAGAGCUACCUGGCCAUCAUCCGCUACCUGACCGAUGAGCGCGAGCCCUACGCGCCCGGGACCCCCGGGAACACCAAGCGGAAGAUCCGGAAGGCGGCCACCUGCUACGUGGUCCGGGCCGGGACCCUGUUCUACCAGCGCCGGCUCAAGGGCCACGACGCCUUCACGGAGCUGGAGGUGGUGCUGCAGGACGGAGCUCAUCGGGGGAUCCUGAAGAACGUCAAAGACCACAUCCGGGAGUGCUCUUCAUGUCGGAGUCGCCGUGACGACGGAUCCGGGUCCCGGACCUUCUCCAGACCGGGGAGGCGCAAGAUGGCCGCCGCCGAGGAGGAGCAGCCAGAGGAGGAGGAGGAGGAAGGAGACGGUGGCGGCGGCGGCCUGGUCUUCACGGACUCGUCUUCUCACCAGAGAACCAAGACCCCCAAACACGAGCUGGUCUUUGUGGACAGUAAGGGCGAGGUGAACCAGUUCCUCCCUCAACACUCUCAGACCAUGCUGGCCCAGUUGGACCAGCAGCGGCUCCAGAACCAGUUCUGUGACAUCACGCUGCUGAUCGAGGGGGAGGAGCAUCGCGCCCACAAGGCGGUGCUGGCGGCGUGCAGCGAGUACUUCAACGAGCUCUUCUUCGAGAAGGGCGCCGCCUCCACCCACGAGGCCGUGGUGGACCUGUCGGGGUUCACCAAGCUGAGCUUCCUGCCGCUGCUGGACUUCGCCUACACGUCCACGCUCACCUUCAACUUCUGCGUCAUGGCCGACGUGGCCAACCUGGCUCGCCACCUGCUGAUGGCGGAGGUGCUGCAGCUGUGCGAGUCGGUGCACCGGCAGGUGGAGGAGCAGCAGCUGACGGUGUACCAGCGCGGCGCCGUGCACACGGUGGUGUCCAGCCGGCCGGCGCCGGGGGACGCCGCCGCCUUCACGGUCACCAUCGAGAGCGACGGGCGCGCCGUGGUCACGCAGGGCGGCGAGCCCGUCGCCUUCGUGGCCCCCGAGGAGGCGUUCCUCGCCGAGGGGGGAGAGGUGCAUCGUGGGACGGAGGAGGCGGGGGAGACGCUCACGCUGAUCCCCGGCGGCGGAGCGGAGGACGCCGACACGAUGACCGUGGUCACCCACAGCGGGCAGGCCGGGGCCACCGAGUCCCUCGCCGUGGUGUCCGCCUGCCUGGAGAUGGAGCGCCGGGCGCCGCCACCGGGGGCCUUCGCCGUCAACGAGGACACAGAGAGCCCCCUGGAGGCCGUGGAGGAGACGCAGGCGCCUCCGGAGGCGGCAGAACCGGCGCCACAGAAGCGUAAACGUGGGCGUCCGGCCAAAGUGAAGAAGGAGGUGGAGCUGGAGGAGUACGUCGCUCCGGAGGAGGAGGAGGAGGAGGAGGAGGAGGAGCCCUCCGCCGACGACGAGGGUCACGACCCCAACCGCAGACGGCUGCGGCAGCGCUCCAUCGCCGAGGGCGGCUACGCCCGCCUCCACAUGGGGCUGGAGGAGGAGGAGGAGGAGGAGGGCCGGAAGGGGGGACCUCUGAGGACGGGUAAGAGGGGCCGGCCUCCAAAGCAGCCGGUGGAGGCCGAAGGUGACGGUCGGUCUGAGUUGGGGGCGGAGCCCGAGCCCGGCGCCGCGGAGGGCGCGACGCCUCCGGAGCUCGGUGAGGGGACGGAGGGGGCGGAGCCAGAGGCUGCGGGGGCCAAGCGGGAGGCCGGCGGCGACGGAGAGCACACGUGCUCCGAGUGCGGCGCCUCCUUCCAGAGACGCUACGCACUCAUCAUGCACACGCUGAAACACGAGAAGGCCCGCGGGUACAAGUGCAGCGUGAGUACCACUUCCUGUUGGAGAUGCAGAGAUAGAUAUAUGUGUGUUUAUAUAUAUAUUAGGGCUGGGCACGUUAACGCGUUAAUCUUGCGUUCCUCCACAGGUGAGUCAAAGUACCUCUGCAACACCUGUGGGGCCACGUUCCACCGAGCCUCGGCCCUCAGCAAGCACCUGAAGAAGCACCUGCCCCGCCCAAGCAAGGACCUGCAGCAGCACAUGAACAAACACCUGGGCCUGAAGCCGUUCCAGUGCCAGGUGUGUGGGAAGAGCUACAGCUGGAAGAAGGACUGGUACUCCCACGUCAAGUCCCACAGCGUGGCCGAGCCCUUCAGGUGCACUGCGUGGUGUGGGGCGGUGCCCUUUGAAGGCCCCCGGAGACACGUGAAGAAAGCGACGCACGGGAAGAAAGGGCGAGUGAAGCAGAACCUGGAGAGAGAGUGUGAGACGUGUGGGCGCAAGUUCACCCAGCUGAGGGAGUUCAGGAGGCACGUCAACAACCACCAGGGUGCGUCCUCUUCCUCACCCGCUUGUCUGACGGGCGGCGUGGCGUGUGUCGGUCAGCCCCUGAAGCGCCGACGUACAUCACGGGCGCAGCGGUCAGACGCGGUGCCCGCCAGCCAGGAGGCGCACAUCGACGCGCGGACGCUCCGGAAGCACAUGGCCCGUUUCCACGGCGACAACCUGCCGGGGAAGAUCAUGCUGGAGAAGGACACGCUGCAGUUCCACAACCAGGGCACGCAGGUGGAGCACGCCGUCAGCAUCCUGGCCUCCGAGCUGCCGCCGGAGCUGAGGCCCGCCCCCCCGGAGGAGGAGGAGGGGGGGGGCCGGGAGGAGCAGGAGGUGGAGGAGGUGCUGAUCACGGAGGAGACGGUGGAGGCGGUGGAGGCGGUGCGGGCGGCGGGCGACGGCUCGCUGUCCGACCAGAGCAUCAUGCAGGUGGUGAACUACGUCCUGGCGCAGCAGAGCCUCGACGCCAAGAUGGAGGACGGAGCCGAGGGCAUCCAGACCAUGGAGGUGGAGGUGGAACACCUGGCCCAGGUGGAGUGACUCGGGAGAGGGAGAGGAGGAGGGAGGGGGGAGGAGGGAGAGGAGGAGGAGGGAGGAAGAGGGAGGGGGGGGGAGGAGGGAGGAGGAGGACUCUGCUGUGUCUUUGUAAAUGUAUCUGAUGUGUGAAUAAAUGAUUUGAAUUGAAACUCGACUGAGGAAUAAAAACGAAACACGACAUACACUCGUUCACUUUCACCUUGGGGCAGCACGGUGGCUCAGUGGUUAGCGCUGUCGCCUCACAGCAAGAAGGUCCUGGGUUCGAGUCCCGGUCGCUCCAGGUCCUUUCUGUGUGGAGCAUGUUCUCCUCAUGUUCUCCUCGUGUUCUCCUCGUGUCUGUGUGGGUUUCCUCCGGGGACUCCGGUUUCCCCCACCAUCAUGAAGACAUGCACCACACAGGGUUUUUCCUGGGUCAAAAUGGGUUUUCGGUGCUCCCAAAAAAAUGUGUUAACCUUUUUUUUAUUUUUAUGUUGCGCGCUGUGCGCGCACGGUCCGUUGCCAUGUGACCGUAAUUAGCAGACAUGUAUUUUUUUUCC